GCCAUCCCUUAUCCCUUAUCCCAGGGCCUGGCUGCUGUGUGGCUGAAACCAGAGUAGAGAGAGGGAGGCUUCCCCGAACCGCUCCGUCACAGUGACCUGCUGAUGUUAAAAUCCUUCUGCCGCCUCUGAUUGUUUUCAUUAUCUGCUUCCACGUGGCUCCAUCCUCAUGGGAGGCUGUGGGCAAACGGUGUUCGUUCUCCAGGAAAAAAAAAAACUACAUUUCAACCCACACACACGUAACAUAUUGAUGGUGUGGGGCAAUUUCCUGACAACACCCCACAACUCACACUGCAGAGGAGCGUGCAGAGUUUAUCUGCAGGCUUCCUCAUCCUCCGCUCAGAUCUUCUUAACACAUCACACACGUAAAUAACACGAUCUCUGCAGGGUUUCUAUUUGACUCUCGCUCAUAUAGAUGGAAAGUAGUGGAUGCAGAAAAUAGAUGGACGCUUGCGGAUGUUUGGAAGGAGCUGAUUGUGUGAACACUCUGACCUCUACCAGGUAAGAUGGACAUCUGGUCUCCUGAUUGGAACGUUGCUACCUGGACCUUGCUGAACCUCCUCAGUGUGUUUUCUUACGAAGUCACUGUGAAGAAUUCUGAUCUGAAGAAGUGUAAAGAGGAUGAAAAAGUGUGUGUCACUGACCUCAGAGACUGUGGCAAUCACCCGCCUUCAUCACUACAGAAGACUCAGAACCUGUCCUGUUACUACCAGUUAAUAGACACAUCCAUGUUGAACGGAUCCUUGAUCUGUGAGGUGAGUCAGGAGUCAAACAGCCACGCUGAGCCUGACGUCUCUCUCAUCGUCAGCAGUAUGAAUAGAAUCUUGUCCUGUGACCGCAUCUUCAACAGUGUAGCCUCCUUCAACAUAACAGCCAGUAUCAAAAUCUACAUCACCGGGACAGAGAAAAGAUCGCCACCUCUUACCUUUAAUCCUUCCAAUGCAGUCAAACCCUCUCAGCCCGUAUUAAUGGUGCUUCGCUCCACCAAGGACUCCGUCGUCGUGUCUUGGAGGAGCACCAGUGACAACAGCUGCCGACUUCGCUACAGAGUCAACAACACUCUGACGUGGUCUCAGACUUCAGAUUUUGUACCUGUGUCCCGAAAUCAGAAGCCGGUCUACACGAUCGAGGACCUCCUGCCGUUCACCAUCUACAGAGCCGCUGUGGCUUGCAGGGAAAAGUCUGGCAUGUGGAGCGACUGGAGCCCUGACGUCACCGUGAGGACGCUGGCCAGAGAGCCCUCCAGGGCUCCAGAGGUGUGCUACGGAGUGGAGAAAACAGACUCCGGUGAACGCUUUUAUCUCAUGUGGAAGGGUCUUGAUCUCCAUGAGGCUGGAGGUAUUAUCCUCGGUUACCAGGUGAGCUACGAGCCAGUGAGGGAGCAGCAUCUGCGGCACAGAUUCACUCAAAACGUCACGGGGUGGAGGAUGAUCCUGAACGUGGAGGAGGGGACCUGGAUCGUCACCGUCGCCGCCUUCAACAGGGCCGGCUACGGACCUGCUGCAAAUCUCAGCAUUGACACGCAGAGACGGAGCUAUCCUCCCCCGGUCAGAAACCUGUGGGUUUCCAGUUCUUUCCCCACUGCCACAGACCUUCUGGUCCAGUGGGAGAUCCCCACCGCCCCGCCCGUGACUCGUUUCGAAGUUCAGUGGCACCCCGAGACGCAUCCGUCCGCCAGCCGUUGGUCCACGGUGGACGGCUACACCAGCUCCACAGUCAUACAAGAUGUUGACCGGGACGAGUCCUACGUGAUCAGGGUGUUCCCCGUCUACGAGCAGCAGUGUGGAUCUCCUCGGUCCAUGUCUGCCAGUCUGCUGCAGGGAGCUCUGGUGGAGGCCGUCAGGCUGAAGGCCGUUAACGUGACCAAAACACUGGUGACGGCUGUGUGGGCGUGGCAGAACAAGUCCUGGCCAAUCAGAGUGAACAGAUACGCGGUGACGCUGAAGGAAAACUCAGGGGGACAAACUCUGUCCGUGUGGCCGGACCAACAGCGGCACACCUUUACCAACCUGAAACCUGGCACCGAGUAUUCUCUGCUCCUGCUGGCCGACAACGAAUCCAGACACAUCGUCUCCGUCAGAACACACUUCGACGAGGUCCCGGUGGUGGCCACGGUGACUCCUCUCCUGCUGAUAGCUCUCACUGUGGGGAUCAUCUGCAUCCUGUCCAGGACUGUGUACAAGUCGUACUUCUUCCCCCCCAUCUCCAGCCCUUGGUGCAGUACGGCAGGACAGUGGGCGAUGGACCCAAACCACCAGAAAUUUGCAGAGAGAAACAUCCUGGACAUCACAGACUUCCAGGUGCCAGAUAUACUCAGAGAGAAAAGUGUCAUCGCGGUCGAACCAAAGACUCUGCCUUCAUCAGAAGAGGACGUACACGAAGACAGCUCUCUGCUGCCGCCCAGUCACCUGGUCGUCAAACUUUCAGCUCUCAGACUGGACACAGAGUACGUUUCUGAUUCUCCAGUAACCGCAGCGCACCAACCCCAGUCCCACCAUCCUGACAGAGUUUCCAUGUCUGAGGAGGGCAGAGAGGCCGACGCUGCUCUGCUGCCUAAGAUCAACCAAGCUAACAGUCGGUUUCCUCAGAAAGAGGAAGAGAACUGGCGGCUUCGCCAUUGCCAGACAUCUCACCAGAGCGCUGUAAAAUGUCAUUUUCAUGAACUCGUGGCUAACGCUGAUAGUCCCUGUGUUUGUGGGAUGACCAGUGACGCACAGUAUGUUCUCAACUCUUCCUUUCAGGGGAAAAUGGAUGUCGAAACUGAGACUGAAGUGACGGGCUGUUCCUAUCUGAUCUGUGAGGGUGAUUAUAUCGCAAACAGCUGCUUUACUGCAAAAACUGCAGAUGAGGACGGAGACAUUGUCAGUAUCGCAUGCUAGGUCGUCGACAUAGUUGAAAAAAAA